AUGAUUAUCACCACUCGCCUGCCUGAACCUGUGGUAGGCCAUCAAGUGCGUGUACAUCACCUCACUGAAUCGAGCGAUAGCCUAGAUAUUUUGCAGGCACGAUCUGGACGUAAGAACGUGAAGGAGGACUCAGGUGCUCAACGGCUAGCAAUUCGAUUGGGAGGAUUACCACUAGCUUUGGCCUCGGCGGCUGCCUAUAUACGUAACAGGAAUAUCACGUUCCAGCAGUAUCUGGACGCUUACGAACAGCGAUGGCAGAUCGACCCCGGUCGCGAUGUCAAACUACCAGAGUACAAGGAUCGAACAUUGUAUACGACUUGGAACCUGACGUACAUCCGACUAGAAGCGGAAGAUGCCGAAGCGGCUCAGAUGUUGAAAUUUUUGGCUUACUUCGAUAACCAGGAGGUGUGGUACGAACUUUUGCACGCAGGGCUGUCGGACGCUUCGCCCCGGUGGCUCCAGAAGUGCCUCUACAACGAGAUAAGCUUCGCGAGCGUGAUGGGAAGGUUAGUAGAUUACUGCCUAGUAGAAGUACAGCAGGCGACCGAAUCAUAUACACUACACAACUGUGUGCAUGAUUGGACGCUGGGACAGCUAAAUCGGACGAUAGAUCCUCAAUCGUACUUUCACGCCUAUGACUCUGUUACAACAUACUACAGCUCCCUUGACACCGCACCGCACGCUAUACGAUUGGCUCACCCACGUUUCCUGGCGUGCCACGAGCUUGACGAUUUCUUACCAGAGCGUGCAGAGACCGUUCUCACAAAUACUAAAUGGUUGUGGUACUGUAGGCACCCUGAAGCGGAGCAGAUGUGUUUGCGAAUAUUAGCUAGCUUCGAGAAAGCACUUGGGGCUGAACAUAUCUCGACCAUCAACGCUGUGCACCAACUCGGCUGUGUAUAUACUUCUUGCGGUGAGCUCGACAAGGCGGAACAUGCAUACCUACGAGUGCUUGAAGGCUACAAGAAAGAGUUGGGGGCGUAUCACGACUCGACCCUCAGGGUACUUUAUACGCUCGGCGAGACAUACGAGGCCAGAGGCAGGCUUGAGGAGGCAGGAAGUGUGUAUCUACAAGCGCUUGAGGGCUGUGAGAAAGCGUGCGCAAUGGACGAGAUCUUUGCUCUCGAGACACUUGGUGCGCUUGGUAGAUUGUAUCGUGGUCAAGGUAGGCUGAGCGAAGCGGCGAAGAUGCACGCGGACUUUAUCUUACAUUGCAGGCUCGAAUGGCUUCCCCUCUUUUCGCGAGACAAGAUUAACGAAUUUGCGGAAAUUCUGGAGGAGGAGAGCGUGAGUUUGGCUGAGGGGAAGCAAACUCGAGCUGCGGCGUUUAAGCUUGCUCGUCUGAUACAGCUUUUGGCUAUGUGGAGGCGUAGGGAAGAUCAACCACAAAUAUUACCCCAAGGGCUGAUGCUACACCUUGCUAAAGCGCUGAUUAGGGUCAAGGACGAUGCGAACGCUCAGAUCGCUAUUUUCGGAGCACUUGAGGUCGAAGGUCGUAUACCUUUGGCUUUUGCAGGUGUAGAAUGUGACAGCUGUGAUUGCGACAUCACUCUCGCUACAGGCCUCUACAUGUGCCGCCUAUGCAAGGGCGUUGAGUUAUGCGAUGCAUGUAUGUCUGGGUAUGUAACCACGACGAGAACUAUGUGGUAUUGCCGCGGGCACGGAUUCUUUGACGCAGGUUCGAGAGUUUCAGCAAUGCUUGAGUCACCCGAAGUCGUUGAGGGGAUAGACGUGGACGAAUGGCUGGACAAGCUGAAGAAGAAGUACUGUACAGCGGAAUACGAGUUCUUGGCAGACCAGAAUCCCUUUGAUCUCGAGACCACCAGCACACAGUGCUCGAGCGAGGACAGUGAGUUUGUAUAG